GACAACAGGAUCAACUCUUCCCCAUCCCAAUAAUAUGUGUUCUCCACUAGUCACUAGUUUUUUAACAAACACUUUUUCACUUUUUUAAUAACAAGUUUUAAUUACUGUAUGUUCUUGUGAUUUUGUUGCACCAUGGAUAACAGUGUUAUGGAGGGUUCAUCCACUGGCUAUCCAAAACGAGUAAGCACUGAAAGAUUACAAGAAAUAUUCAAUAAGUAUGCUCACACAGAAAAGAAUGGCGAACGAUUCAUGUCUGCAAAAGAGUUUGUUCAAGACUUUCUUGGACUUUUUCCUGGCAGUGGAAAUGAUCAGAGCAUCAAACUGCUGGCUGGCAUCGUCGACACUAGCAAAGAUGGCCUCAUUUCAUUUGCCGAGUUCCAGGCCUUUGAAGGAUUACUCUGUGUACCUGAUGCCCUCUAUAAAACAGCCUUUCAACUGUUUGACAUUAAUGGAAAUGGGAUGAUAUCUUUCAAGGAGUUCUUGGAGGUGAUGAGCAAAACCGAACUAUACCAGAGAAUGCCUUUGCGUGUCGACAACAACUUCAUCAGUUUGUAUUUUGGUAAAGAUAAGAAGAGAGUGAUCAGCUAUGCUGAGUUUAGUCAGUUUCUUCAUGAUUUUCAUGAAGAAUGUGCGACAGAAGCAUUCCGCCAGUUUGACAAAGAAGGGUCUGGCUUCAUCUCGGCCCUGGACUUCAGAGAUAUUAUGGCAUCCAUCAAAAGCCACUUGCUGACAAGAGAAGUCCAGGACAAUCUUGUUGCGGCCGCAGGUGGUGGCCAGGGGGGUCACAAGGUCAGCUUCCCCUACUUCAUGGCCUUCAACUCACUACUCAACAAUAUGGAGCUGGUCAAAAGAAUCUACCUCAAUGCAACUAACGGCCAUAAGGACCUAGAGUUGACAAAAGAAGAGUUCCUGUAUUCCGCCCAAAUGAUGUCUCAAAUAACCCCUCUUGAAGUGGACAUAUUAUUCCUGUUGUGUCACCUGCUUCACCAAACUACGAGGAUAUCAUACAGUGAUCUAGAGUCUAUAGCGCCUGAGCAGUUUUUCAAACAGUUUACAAGACUGGCUGAAAUCCACGCCGUUUCUAGUCCAGAUGAGAGAGGGUUCGUUAUACAAAUUUUGGAGUCCGUUUAUCGUUUUACCCUCGGAUCCUUAGCGGGAGCUACGGGAGCGACAGCUGUUUAUCCAAUUGAUUUGGUGAAGACGAGAAUGCAAAACCAGAGAACGGGGUCUUUCAUUGGAGAACUGAUGUAUCGCAAUAGUUGGGAUUGCUUCAAGAAAGUGGUCAGACACGAGGGCUUCACAGGAUUGUAUCGAGGUUUGGUGCCCCAACUGAUGGGAGUAGCUCCAGAGAAGGCCAUCAAGUUGACUGUCAAUGACUUAGUCCGUGACAAACUGUCAGACAAGAACGGACGAUUACCUCUCUACGCUGAAGUCAUCGCUGGAGGAUGUGCAGGAGGAAGCCAAGUGGUAUUUACAAAUCCUCUGGAGAUAGUCAAGAUCCGCCUCCAGGUUGCUGGAGAAAUCGCUACUGGAGAAAAGAUCAGGGCCUGGAGUGUCGUCAAGGACCUAGGAUUCUUUGGACUUUACAAGGGUGCUAGAGCUUGUUUCCUACGAGACAUUCCAUUCAGUGCCAUCUACUUCCCCACGUAUGCCCACAUGAAAGCAAAGCUGGCCAAUGAGAAUGGUUAUAACACACCUUGGUCUCUUCUGGUAGCAGGAGCCAUUGCAGGAGUUCCAGCCGCCUCCCUGGUCACGCCUGCCGAUGUCAUAAAGACUAGACUACAGGUGGUAGCUAGAGCUGGUCAAACAACAUACAAUGGUUUGACUGAUGCAGCUGUGAAGAUAUAUCGAGAGGAAGGACCAAGGGCUUUCUGGAAGGGUACUGUUGCACGAGUGUGUCGGUCUUCUCCCCAAUUUGGAGUCACAUUAUUAACCUAUGAAGUACUUCAGCGGUUAUUCUAUGUGGACUUUGGAGGAUCACGACCAGCUGGUUCUGAGCAAAAGAUACCGUCCACAGGUAUACCGGAGUUGGACAAGUCGACUAAUCCUGAUCACGUUGGAGGCUACCAUGCCGCUUUGCCCAUUAUCAGUGGCAUUGAAUCCAAAUUUGGCCUCAGCCUGCCCAAAAACCCAUCAUUGGGUUAAGGGUCUAACCUGGUAUCUGGAUCAAAGCUUUACACACCUCAUGCUUUCAAACUUUCAAAACAGUUACUAUUGAAAUGAUUUAUGUUACAAUGCAGUAUGUUUUCAUGCAUACAAGAAUAUUUAUGAAACAGAAUGAACACAAAUGUAUUAACAUUUCUUUUCUUUAUUCGAUAGAAUUUAAAAAAUGUAUUCAUCGUGUAUUGAAAUUUUAAAAGAUACCAACCCAUAAUUUUUUAAGAUAAGCUUUAAAAACACAUUCAUAUUCUAAACUUACUCUAUUGACUGUAGAGAAACGCAAUUUCAACAUUUAAUUAUUUUAAUGGAGCUAGAAAGCAAAAUCUAAAUUUUGACAAUUUGUACAGAGUAGUCUAUGUUUUAAAUCUUCUAUUUUAAUAUUAGAAUAAAAUUCCUUUUAUAAAGUAUGGGUCAAUAAUAUUGUAUUUCCUUAAGCUAAAGAAAUGGAACUAUCUUUCUCAAAUGAAUUUUGAAUUCAGAUAUUUACUAACAUACAACUACAACUGAACUCAUACCUUACCAAUUUCAUUUUGUUUCUAAAUAACUUAGAUUUUUUAAUUUGUUGCACUAUUAAUUUACAAGACAAUUAAAUAAUAUAAAAUGUAAUUUUACAGAUAUUCAGUUAAUUCUUUAUUGCCAAACUCCUUUUAGGACCUCUCAUUAUAAACACGAGCUUAAUACUACGUGCAGAAAUUCAAACUAGUAAGUUACAGUAAAAUUUCAAAAGGAUGAGUUGAAAUGUAGCAUUUACCAUUAAGAGACGUAGGAAUGUUUUUUACGUUGGUUUAUCUGCUCAUUUGAAAACGGAAAGAAUGUGUUAAAGUCUGCUCAAUAUUAAUAUUUUCAUUAGUAAAUCAACAAAAUAAUAUUAACUGUAUAGACGUAGUGCUAACUUUUUUAAUCUAAUUCUAAGCACAUCGCUUUUCUUGGCACUCACCCCCUUAUAUGUGCAUUCCCUUAAUGAAAAUUGUAUUAAUCAAUGUAGCCCCUUGAGUUUGACUAAUUAUAUCAAAAAUGUGUGUUUCCCACUCUCAACAAAUGGCCCCCGUUAUUCAUCCUAACACACAUUUAUGUUAUGAUGUCGUCGGCUGAAAUAAGUUAAAUAUAUGUCCUUUUUUAUACUCGAUAUAUCCUCUUAAAAUUUAAUGUUACUCUUGAACAUUACUCAUACUAUUUUAAAUUAUAUAUGAACCACCAUUACUGCCUUCACCAGUAGUAACUUUUAGAAAUCAGUCCACAUAAUUUUGAAGUUUAUACAUUUCAUAAAUUAUAUAGAUUUAUCAUGAUGUUAUCACUUAGCUGUAAGAAAAUUGUUUAAUUGUCUGUACACUUGAUUAUUUGUAGAGUUUUACUAUGUCAAAGUUGGUGUGUAUAAUUAAUCAUAGGGAAAUAAUCACUACAAUAAAUUUAGCUAAUAUUGCAUAAAACAUCAAUAACACAGCAAACAAAGUUACACUUUAGAUGUAUAAAAAGUAUCAGUCUAAUAAAUUAUAAGUAGUAAAAUUAUUUCCCUUUGAGUAUAAUUUAAUCCGUAUUUAAAAUGCUGAUUAAACACACCAUCUUCAUCCUAUUUUAAGUAUAUUCAUUUCCUGUUCUACGUUUAAUGUACCGUACCUAAAACUACUCCACAUAUAAAAAAAUGUAUAUUUUCUUAGUGACAAGUAAAACUUGUGAGAAUGUGAUAAACAUGGUCCUGUAUUUAAAGUACUGCUUCAAAAGCAUAUAUAUCGAAUCGAUACAAGUUGUUAUAUUGUUAUAUUUCCUUUACUGUUAUAAUUAGAGCUUUUAAAGCUUACUGGUAUUAUGAGUACAAAUGCUUUACUAUUUUGAUGGUGCAUAGUUGAGUUAGAUUAUUUCUUUCCUUGACAUGUUGGUUUUUGUUUUUGUUGCAUGUCCACACCCAGGGUGAAACCUGAGCUUCUAAUUCUUUAUUUCCAAAGCUUUGUAUAGUGUGCUGUUUGAAUCAAAUUUUCAAAAGUAAUUUAAACCUUAAUCAAAAACCUGAAAAUAAUAAUCAUUAAAUGAAUUUUAUUUUAUAUACAUUCUUUUAAAACAUUUGUACUCAGAUAAACUAUUGAUUAUAUUUCUGUUACAUGUUUUGGUUGUUAAAUUUACAAAGUCUUACAAUCAUGGCCUUUUAUUUUUUGUCUUAUAAUGUUAAUCUGUUUAUAUUUUAAUACUAGGUAUAAACUUUUUAUUUUUAAUUAGCAAUUUUCAUUCUAUUAGUUAAUUUUUUAAUGUACCAUUUGAGGUUAAAACACUGUUGCAUUUGGGUAAGCAUUUAAGUCCAAGUUAUAUAAUGACAACCUGAUAAUGUGUCUAGACAACUUUAGUGAUCUUAUAUGUCUAGAUAACAGUGUUUUAUUGACUUCCAGUAUUAGAUGUUAAGCAAAUUCAUAGUAUAUCAUCAUACAAUUAUAUUCUUUUAAAUAUUUAGUUUUAUUAUAUAGUUUAUGUAAUUAGCUUUGUUUUUAUCAUUUAUUUCAAAAUAAGGCCAUGGUACAUACAAUUAAAAUUAUAUUAGAUUUUAUUAGUGCAGUGGCGAUAACAUAAUUUGUACAAACCGUUUUGUAUGUCUUUUGGAUCAUCAACGUCCAUUAACUAUUGUAUUAAGGAUUAGUUCAACAUUAUUUAUCUUGCAUGUGCCUCUGCAACGACAUUGUUUGUAGUUUUUUGUUGUUAAAAGUUUCUGCCAGAUUUAUUGUUACUUUAUUGAAAAACUGUGAUGUACAAAUAUGAUAAAGGAUCUGAAAUUCUUA